GACUUGCUGUGGUCAACAGCAGUAACAGAAACUUCACUCUGCUGCUAGCAACAUCUGGGAGAAGCCAUCUAUUACCACGCUUGGCUUCAGGAUGUCUGUUCUUAAAGUCUUCUUUUUCGUUCUGCUGCUGGCUGGUGAUUCUCUGAGUCAAGAACCCAACUGCACUGAGGUUGAGGACUUCAGUGACUGCAAUGGUAAUACUAGCAGCUUCUGUCCCGCCAAUGUUCCUUGUCAAUGUAAAAAUGAAAAGCCUUUUUGCAGAUGUGAUUACUACAGAGAGGGCUGGAUGGAGUAUUGGUACAUGGGCCCCAAAUGUAACCAGCUUUGGAACACACUGGAUUUAAUACUAGUAACUGUUCUUCCUGCAGUAGCCCUGGUUUUCUUAGUUGUUGUAAUAUCUCAGUGUGUCCAUUACUGUAAAGGUAAAAAAGCCAGGAAGCAGACAAAUUCUCCAUACCUUGAAGUACACCAUAACCCUACAUUUAGUCAGGAACCGUAUAGUAACCUGGGACGUGCUUCUCAGCAGCCACCAAGGGUUGAGUGGACUGGACAACUGCCAAAACCUGUUCUGAGAAGACAAGAUUUUGAUGAUCUCCCAGGCCCAAGUCACUUAGAUAGUUCUAGCCCCAGGUAUGCUCAGCCACAGAGGAGACCAGACUAUCUUUCCAGCCAGCAACCCCAACAAUACGACGGCUUUGUCUAUCCAGGCAACAAUAGACCUUAUGCAGGUUAUGCAGAGGAGAGGCAGUAUUCGAGAUACUAAUACCAGUGCUUCCUUGAUCUGAAGUGUCUCAGAACGCUGCACGAUCAAUGAAUGAGCAAUCCAAACGCUGAGAGAUCAGUAAGGCCUUGUGUGCCUGGAUGCAGAGAAAAUAGUAACUCAGAGAGAGGACUAAAAGUCAUUAAAAAAAAGUGUAGAAGAUAAUUAUAAAACAAAACAUAAUUAUAAAACUAUUAUCCAAUUUAUUUACUGUAUAAUUUCUGAAGGUUUAACUUUUUUUGGAUACCUGAUUUCACGGUUUAUACAUCUAUUUCUAGCAAUUACUUAAAUUGUUGCACAUCUGUUUGGACAGAGAUUUUUGUGAUUAACUAUGUCGAGUGCCUAACUGACAAGUACCUGUUAGAAAAAGCUGCCUUUUCUCAGAGGAAACUCAUAAGAAAGAAGAAAGUCUUCCCAGAAAUUCAGUAUGAGAGCUGACAAACACACAUGCUAAUCACCAUUCUUCUUUCAUUGCUAUGGGUUCAAAUCUAUAUUAAAAAGAAAGAAGUAGUUGCAUUUUUCCUUAUUUCUCAGGAAGGCUUGUCAAAGACAACUUCUGCUGAGUAUAGUUUUUCCAUUUGGCUUUCCCAUUUAUUUGUGAUGUUUGCUCCACUCUAUAUCAUGAUCUCUAUCCAUGUACUAGUGAGCAAUGGUUCCUAAUAUAAUGUUUUUAAUAAGACCAUGAAUUUCUCUGACUGAAAUUAUGGAGAUUCUUCAGGACAUUUCAGUGUGUAGAAUCUAUUGUUCCCUGAUACACAUUUGUUGUUUUUUUUCCCCCAAAAAAGCCAUUAGUCAAGGAAGAAAAGCAACAGAUUUCAUACAAGCUUGAACAUUUAUUAAAAUCUGUAUUCUUGCGUACUCCAGUAUCCCAAAGAAUGAGGCAAAAGGGAAGGAAGGUUCUGUUGACAGGUGUAGCCACCUCCACUGACACUAGUAGCAUUGCACAAGUGUAACCACGGCACUUAGGUUCUCGUUUUCUUAAGAUGCAUCAAAUACUGAAAUACUGGUUAACAUAGCAACAUGAGCCCUGCAGCCCCUUGUUUCUUUUUCACCUUAUCUUACUUAGUCACCUUGUUGAACCUAACAGCUCACUUUUUGUUGUUGUUGUUGUUGUUUUCAUUAAAAAUACAGUCUUUCUUUGUAACAUCUUUUGUGAAUAAUGAAAAUAAAUGAAGCUAUGGACAAUUGACUGCCUAAGUCAGAAAUAAAGAAGUAUUUCUAACUAAGUAAGAAAUAAAAGAUACUGAAGUCCUGAA